AUGGCACCAUAUGAAGCUUUGUAUGGAAGAAAAUGCAAAACACCUUUGUGUUGGACUAAACUUGGUAAGGAUAAACUGGUAGGCUCGGAUUUGGUGAGAGAAACUGAGGAGAUAAUGAAGCUCAUCAAAGAUACUUUGAAAGCUACCUCAGAUAGACAGAAGUCUUAUGCAGAUUUAAAGAGGAAAGAUAUUGAGUAUGAGGUUGGCGAUAAAGUUUUUCUAAAGUACAUGAGUUCAAAGGUACCAAUGACUCCCUCAAAGCGAACCCAUGAGGUGUCGCCUCCUCUGCCUAAAAUGGUGGAUAAACUCAGAGAAGCUGCUUAUGCUGUCAACAUCGAAGCUAAUAAUGCAAAAGAGGUUAAUUACCCCUACAUCCCUAUCGAUUCUUUGUUUCCUUAUGCCAAUGACUAA